AUGGACCAAGAACAAGUCACACAAGUUCAUUCUCUAUAUGAUACCAUUUUAAUUCUCGAUUUUGGUUCACAAUAUUCUCAUUUGAUUGCUCGUCGAGUACGCGAAUUUGGCAUUUAUUGUGAAAUGUUACCUUGCACUCAAAAGAUCAAUGAGUUAAAUUUUAAUCCAAAAGGAAUAAUUCUUUCAGGGAGUCCAUAUUCUGUGUAUGAUAAAGAUGCUCCACACGUUGACCCAAUGGUUUUUAAUCUUGGAGUACCAGUACUAGGCAUUUGUUACGGGCUUCAAGAAAUUUCGUGGAAUUUUGGUGGUUCAGUUGCACCUUGUGAUCACAGAGAAUACGGUCAUGCGAUCUUAAAUAUCAUCAAGCAUCAAGGUCAUCCAUUUACCAAUAAGUUGUUCGAUGGUCUUGAAGGUGAUAUUCAGGUUUGGAUGAGUCACGGGGAUCAACUUGAUAGAGCACCCGAUGGUUUUAAGGUCAUUGGUUACACCCAAACUUCUCCAUUUGCUGCUAUCAUCCAUGAAGAAAAAUACUUGUUUGGAAUACAAUUUCAUCCAGAAGUUACUCAUACACCUCGUGGAAAGGAUAUUUUAAAAAAUUUUGUUACUAGUGUUUGUGAAUGUCAGGCAAAUUGGACUAUG